AUGUACAUAGCCUUUAUAAUUGGUCUCAUUGCAUACAUAAUUUACAAUAUUGUCAUAACAAUGUCAACUGAUUUCGAUAAAAUAGUUAACGGGCAACACUAUCCUCAAUGGAACCAAACCCCGCAAGAAGUCCUCCAACUUGCCAGUGAGCUAGCAGUGAAAGAAAAAGGUUUAUUUGACAGCAUAGCAUCAGUUGAAGAUCCAACUAUUGAGAACGUAUUGAACCCAUUUAUUAAGUUCCAUAAUGAAGCUGAAUUCCCAACGAAUCAAGUUCUGUUUUACCAGCACGUAUCUGCCGAUAAGGCCUUACGUGAUGCAUCAACUGAAGCAGAACAAAUUCUUGAUCAGAGUUCCAUAGAACAAUGGUCUAGAGCUGACGUUUACUCGGUGCUCAGGUCUUUGAAGGAGAAAAAUCUUGAAUUAGAUCCCGAAAGUGAAAGAUUUUUGAACAAAACGGUCUUGGAGUUUGAACGUAAUGGAUUGGCACUCCCAGAACAGCAAAGGGAAAAGGUUAAAAAGUUGCAGGUCGAGUUAAGCGACUUGAAGGUUCAAUUUGCCAAAAAUUUGGGGGAGGACAAAGGCUGUAUUUACUUUACCAAAGAGGAGUUGGAAGGUGUUCCUGAUGUGAUAUUAAAGCAGUAUGAAGAAGUUGAACGUGAUGGACAAACAAAACUCAAGGUGACAUUCAAGUAUCCUGAUAUUAUUCCGUUGUUUCAACAUGCAUCAAAUGGAAAGACUCGAAGGGCCGCGAAUGUUGAGUUUGGGAAUAGAUGUUCAGAGAAUGAAGCUCUUUUGACUAGGAUAAUUAAGCUUAGAUUCCAAAUUGCAAAAGAGUUGGGAUACGACUCAUUUGCAGAUUAUGCUUUGGAAGUAAAAUUGGCAAAGACCAAAGACACAGUUUUAAACUUCUUGAACGACUUGAGAACCAAAUUGACCCCCGUUGGAGAAUCUGAAUUGAAAUUGUUGACAGAGUUAAAGAAGAAUGACUUGAAAUCUCGUGGCUUGCCAUCUGAAGAGGGAUUCUAUUCUUGGGAUUUUGCUUAUUAUAAUGAAAGGUUGUUGGAAGAAAAGUAUCAAGUCGAUAGCUUGAAAAUAUCGGAAUAUUUUCCGUUACAGGGUACCAUCAAGAAGAUGUUGGGAUUCUAUGAGACAAUCAUGGAUGUAAAGUUUGUCAAACUUGAUCCCAAACCAACCGAAGUCUGGCAUGAGGACGUUGAAAUGUAUGCUGUGUUCAAGAAUAUCAAAUUCGGAACUUUGGAGUACGUGGGUGUUAUAUACUUUGAUUUACAUCCAAGAGAAGGAAAAUAUGGCCAUGCUGCUAACUUUGGAAUAGGCCCAGGUUACUUGCGAUUUAACGGUACCCGUAAAAACCCUGAAACAGUUUUGGUCUGUAACUUUACAAAACCAACCAAGACAAGACCCUCGUUGUUAAAGCAUAACGAAGUGGUCACCUUCUUCCAUGAGUUGGGCCACGGCAUUCACAAUAUGUUGUCACAAACAAAGUACGCAAAGUUCCAUGGAACACAUGUGGAGCGUGAUUUUGUUGAGGCACCCUCUCAAAUGUUGGAAUACUGGGUAUGGUCCAAGAACGAGCUUAAACAGCUAUCAGCUCAUUACGAAACAGGCGAGCCAAUAAGUGAUGAUUUGAUUGAUCAGUUAAUCAAAACUAAACACGUUAACACCGGGUUGUUAAAUUUGCGCCAAUUAUUCUUUGGAUUGUUUGAUAUGUCUGUUCAUACUAUAGAAAGUGAAGAGCAGAUUGAAAGGUUGGAUUUAUUUGCAACUUGGAACACUUUGAGAAGGGAAAUUACCUUGCUUCCAGACGGAAACAACCCAACAAAAGGAUACUGCUCAUUUGGUCACAUUGCUGGAGGGUACGAGAGUGGAUAUUACGGCUAUUUGUACUCGCAAGUGUUUGCUGCAGAUAUUUACUACAGCCUUUUCAAAGAGGAUCCAAUGAAUACAGAAAAUGGUAUUAGAUAUAGGGACAUAAUUUUAAAGAGGGGGGGUUCCAGAGAAAUAAUGGACAACUUGGAAGAAGUCUUGGGAAGAAAACCCAAUUCUGAAGCAUUUUUGGCUGAAAUUUUUGGUAAAAAGUCUCAUUUAUAG